AUGUCCAUUGUAAGUCUUUCCGACGACGUAAAGUCCAAUCUCAACAUCGAGGACAUUCAAGUAUUAGCAAGCCGGCUGAACGCGACUUUGAUUGAAGAGAAGGAUGCUCAAGAUUAUCUCACUGUCCUGAGGUCCUUCGAGGCCAUUAUGGGUACGAUUGAGAAUGCAUCCGACUACGUGCCAACGGAACUACGACCCCAGGCCUCGACAAGCCCUCGCACCUGCUGGAGACCGAAAACGCAGGACAACCCGUGUAAUGCCUGGAGCCACAGGUGCCAUAUUCCAUCUCCGUCACCGACUACCGACUUACUUGCCGGGCGCACCGUGGCCAUCAAGGACAACAUCUCAGUGGCGGGGUUGCCGACGACUCUGGGCGUACCUGCGACUCUCUUCUCCAAUGCUUCUCAUCCCGUUUCAGAUGUCGAUAGUUCCGUAGUAUCGCGCAUACUGGAUGCCGGUGCCAUCAUCAAAGGAACCUCGACCUGUGAAAGCUUUUGCGCCUCGCCCCUGUCCUUUACAUCGGCAAGUGGUCUGGUCCACAACCCGCACUUGCGCAACUACACCUCGGGCGGGAGCAGCAGCGGGUCGGCCGUCUUGGUCGCCUCGCAUGCGCUGAAAUCGAAGCGAAGCGGUGCCUGGGGCGAAACUGUUGAGCUGGCUGUCGGCAGCGACCAGGCCGGAUCGGUGCGCAUCCCCGCGUCGUAUUGCGGCAUCUACGGCCUCAAGCCUACCUUUGGCCUCGUUCCCUAUACCGGAGCCGUUUCAAUGACGCCCAUGAUUGACCAUCUUGGGCCCAUGGGUAACACGUUGGAGGACGUUGCUGCUCUUCUCGAGGUCAUGGCCGGUUAUGACGGAUUCGACCCUCGUAUGAGCCCAGAAACGCCUCUGCCGUCACAAACGACGCCGUAUCUGAGCAUCCUAUCGACGCUCCGGCACGAAAUCUCAUCCUCUCCAAGACCCGGUAAGGAUUUCAGGGUUGGGCUUUUGGAAGAAUCCUUCUUGUUGGCCGGAGUAUCGGAUCAAGUCAGGAUGACUGUCACGCGCACAGCAAGAGACUCCUUCAAGGCUAUGGGUGCCACUGUCGUGGGUGUAUCCGUCCCCAUGCACCUGCAAGGACCAGCUAUAUGGACCGCGGCAACGAGACCAUCCAUGUCCUCUCAUCUCUUCCAAGGGCUUCCCUCGGGUCACCUUUCGUACCUGCCAGGUCACGUACGCCUGCACUGGCCACCGUCACAGUCGACGCUGGACACGUUAAAGGCCAACAACCCCGCGGUUGUCAACAUUUUGCUGAGCGAACUCUUUGCCCGAAACAUGAACACGCAGGGCCUGGAAGCUAAAGCGCAUCGCAAGGUAUUUGAGCUCCGAGCGGCAUACGAUGACGCCUUGGCGCACGUCGACGUCCUCGUUACGCCCUGCGCCCCAACAGUCGCCAUGCCGCACCCGGAAGCGGACACGUCGAUCCUGGAACGCCUCAAGGUGGGAGUCGGUGUCACGAGCAACACAUGCCCGUUGAACAUUACCGGGCAUCCUGCCAUGAACGUGCCGUGUGGCUUUGGUAGGGAUGCUCGCCAGCCAGACGUACCAUUGCCCAUUGGAAUGCAGAUCGUGGGGCGGAGAUGGGCGGACGACCAGGUGAUUCGGGCGGCGGCUCUAUUUGAACAUGGGCAGCAUCUAUUUGAGAAGAAUUAA